CGCUGCCAGGGGUGACCGAGAAGGUAACAUCCGGGAGAUGGAAAGGGAGUCGAGAGAGUGGUCCCGCCCACUCUGCAUUGCUAUUGGACGAACGGCCCUCUUAUUCUUCAACAGCUAACGUCAUUCGUUCUACUCACUGUCAAUCAAGAGCAUCACAUAAGCUGCCUCCUUUUUCAGUUUUUUUUAUAUAUAUAUAUUCUGUUUUAAUGGGGCCUUCGAGCCGCAUAACAACGAAACAAAAGCGGUUGUCCGAGGCUCGAAAAAAAUAAGCCCAAAGCUCCAUGCAUGAUGUGUUCCUACUGUGACGGAGGUGACAUCUCCACCCUCACUCCUCCACCUUGGGCAGGGUUCAUCAUCAUCAUCUCAUCCUGAGCCCUGUCCUUUGAAAAACGGUGGGUUCCUCUUGUCAGUCAUUACUGCAAUGAUGACAAUGUAGGCAUGGUGCACUACAAGCUGCCCUUCAGCGAGACCAUGGAGCUGUUCAUUGAGACUCUGACAGGGACCUGCUUCCAGCUGUGCGUCUCUCCGUUUGAACAGGUGGUCUCAGUCAAGGCCAAGAUCUUGAGAUUGGAGGGCAUCCCAGUCUCUCAGCAGCAUUUGAUAUGGAAUGGGAUGGAGCUUGAAGAUGAGUACUGCUUACAUGACUACAGCAUCACAGAGGGCUGCACUCUCAAGCUGGUACUCGCCAUGAGAGGAGGACCUGUAAACACCAGGCGAGUGACAGUGACGGAUGACUCUGUGAGGGAUAUCGCUGACUGCCUUGAUGCAGGGAGAGAGGAGAUGUGGGAAAAGUCUCUGCCUAAUAAACAGGUCACCUUCCUGGUGUACCGUGAGGGAGAUCAGCUCAGUUUCUUCCGAGUGGUGGAUCGAGGAGAUGGAACUCUCACACCUGUGUCUGAAUCAUUGAGCGGCACCUCUGUACGCAAUGUGUAUGCGGAGGAGGAAGAGGAAUCAGAGAGUACAGCUUCAGAACAGCAGAUGCUGGAGAACUCCAUCACAAUGAGCAAGAUGAAGCUGCUCAAAGCCAAGAUGGAGAAUAUGAACCUCAACAAAAAGCCCAAGAAGACUGCUAAAUUAAAAGUCAGACCUCCAGUAGGUCCGCGGCCCUGCAGCGCUUCGUUUGGCUCUGUCCGACACCACCGAAUGUUUCGUGUCCUUCCUCAGAUAGGCCACGCUUCUCCAACACAUCUACCUCCAAUCGGUGAUCAGCAGCAGCCUGCAGUUCCAUCCCCUGCUGCCGGCUCCUCCCACCAAGCAUUCGCAUCUCUCUCGUGUCCCACUUCCUCAAGCCACGCUCAUCCUUCCUCUGGAGCUUCUGGCGUAUAUAUGCUCCAGGCUGAGGAACCAUGGGAUAAUCCAGUGCCCAGGAAGAUCAGAGUCCCUCCCAAAGUAUCCAGGCUGGAUUUGAGAAGGCCUAAAGUUAUGCGAGACUGUGUGUACCCACCUCUCUCGCUUCUGUCCAGCUCUGGAGUUCAAGAUGAGGUUGAUCUCCAGAGUGAAAGAUUAAUGGUAGACGAGAACUCAGCAGUGAUGGAGCCGCCCAAAGCUGUACCCUUCAAUCUUCCUGAGCCCCUGAGUCUAGACGUAUCCACUCAGCGAGAGCGAGGUUUGAGCUCUGUAACUCUCCAAGAACCCAACACCACAGCUCCUCUUCUUUCCCAAGCCAUUAACACGAACUGGCUGGCCUCCCAAUCUGACCCCCUCUCACCUCCUCACAUACCGCAGCACUUUGAGUUCACGGGUUCCUCCAGUCCAGCCCAAGCGCUCCUCAGAACGAGCAACAGCCCAUCACUUCCAGCCAGCUCCCCGUCACGGACCACAUCUGUAUGUGGGCUCAAAGUGGACAAGCAUUCAGAGGUGAUUUCCAAAAGCGAGGAACGAGACAUUACGAAGAUGGCUAACAAAGCGGCUAAAAAGCCAUUGGUAAGCAACACAAAGCUCCUGGCCUCCCUGGCAGGUGGUGGUGGUCAAGAGGCCCUGGCUGGGCCCUUUGCGCUGGGCAGGUUAUGUGCUACAGCCGCCCCCCUACCAACCAACAUCCAUCUGUCGCAGGAAGACCUGCUGAGAAGGAUCUCCCCACUACAGGGGACAGCCAUCCACACGUCGCCAAGCUCAUCAAGCGGCCUCUCCAGUUCAAUAAAAAGAUUAGGGACUCCAACACAUCACUUGCCCCCUGUGAAGGUUCCCUCUGGAGCAAAGAAAAAGAGUUCAAAGCACUGCUUCCUGUGUGGGAAGAAGACCGGGUUGGCCACCAGCUAUGAAUGCAGGUGUGGCAAGAUGUUCUGUUCCAUGCACCGCUACUCCGAGACGCACGACUGUACAUAUGACUACAAAAGUCCAGGCCGACGCUUUCUACAGGAGACCAACCCCAGCAUAAGUGCACCAAAGCUGCCCAAAAUAUGAAGGCACUGCAUUCGUGAGAGAAAAAAAGACAUGAUAUCCAUCAACUAUUAAAAAGAGAGAAAACCUUGAU